AUGCAAAUAAACCCUACGGGUGGACUUGAAGGUCAGUGGGAGAAACAGGAUUCUGGAGAGUGUCCAUUUGCUGAAAGGUCAAGCUGGGAGCUGCCAGAUUUGAGGGAAGGGAGAGUAAAAGCCAUCAGUGACUCAGACGGGGUGAGCUAUCCUUGGUAUGGGAAUACUACAGAAACUGUGACCCUGGUUGGCCCCACCAACAAGAUCUCCAGAUUCUCAGUCAGUAUGAAUGACAAUUUCUACCCCAGUGUGACAUGGGCUGUCCCUGUGAGUGACAGUAAUGUUCCCCUGCUCACGAGGAUCAAGAGGGACCAAAGCUUUACCACCUGGCUAGUGGCCAUGAAUACAACCACAAAAGAAAAGAUUAUUCUACAGACCAUCAAGUGGAGGAUGAGAGUGGACAUUGAGGUGGAUCCCCUGCAGCUUCUGGGGCACCGAGCCCGGCUGGUGGGUAGGACUCAGCAAGAACAGCCUAAGAUCUUGAAUCGAAUGGAACCCAUUCCCCCCAAUGCACUAGUGAAGCCCAAUGCCAAUGAUGCCCAAGUCCUCAUGUGGAGACCCAAGCGAGGACAGCCUCUGGUUGUGAUACCUCCUAAAUAG